CUUACGUGAACGGCUUCUACUCGCCGGACGCAUUCGCCGUGCGGCCUGGCUGCGUGCAGGACACCGUGCCAUGCGACGUGGCGGCGGGGGUCGUGUUGGGCGCGGCGAUGACCCUGGCGGCAGGCGUCCGCAGCAGGCGGCAGCUGCAAGGGGUUAUCCUGCGUGGCCCGGUUGCGGCUCAGCUGAAAACCAGCGGGUAUGGCGGCGACGAGGAAGACGACAACUGCUGCGCCAACGACGCCGGCAGCAUGUUGGUUUUCCAUGCAGCCACGUCGGUGGUGCAGCCGCUUCGCAUGGCUACGUUCGUUGACCGCAUGCACCGCUUCUUCACGGUCCACAAACCGCAACGUGCGUGGCCGACGCCCGGCCUGAACGCGCGCAACCACGUUCGCAUGGACCCCCGCUACGUGCCCGACCCUGAGCUCGUGUCGGAGGCCAGGCGGGAUGCUCGCAAGCGGGUGGCUCGCACCACCGCCAUGCUCAAGCUGUUCGGCAGGGUGGCUGAGGCAAACAAGCUGGUCACCAGCCUCCACGCCUGGCAGAACCUCAACAACGCGGACCUGGACGGCGACCUGCUCAUCAGCGUGCGCAAUACGCUGCAGCUGGAGCGGCUGCUGUGCGUUCGGCCGCCGCAGUGGAGCUCGGGCGGGGCGGCUGUGGUGGUGCCGAGCAGGGCCCCGGCCGCAGGAGGCAACAACGCACGCACGGCAAAGGGCCUGAGCCCGAGAAAGGGAGGAAGCCCCGCAAAGGGGUGCAAGGGGCAUGCAAAGGACGACGGCGGUGAUAAGGAUACGGUCGCUGUGAAGGAUGGUGACGACGGGUCGAGCAUGGCGGAACCGGAGCAGCAACAGCAGCAGCAUGACGCCUGCCCGCCUCUCCGACCGCUGCUGCCUGUGGUGUGGCGUGACGACUGGGGUCCGCUGCUGGAUGCCUUCAUGGCGGAUGUGGUGCAGCGACUCAUGCGGGUCAAGCUGGUGCCGCCGCCGCCACACCCCACGGCGCAGCAGACGAAGCCAAUGGCGUUUCGAUAAACGCAUUAGCCAGGACUGAAGCAAUGGUCAUCCUCAGUGCUCUUCUCCCCACUUCCUGCCUUGGGCUGAUGACUGCUGGGCAUUGCUGAUGGUCCUUGAUUAGGCCAUGAUACGUGAUCCGAACGCAUCUUGGGUGUAUUGCCGGAUCACGUGCACCUUAUGCGUCUGGUCGGCGAAGAUUUAGUGCAACGAAUUUCGUGCCGCUAGCAAGUACUGGUUAGUUUUCCUGGAACUUGUUUCAUGGGCGUUUCCAUCUUCCUACCGCUCUCUGUUCUUAUCUUUAUCCUCUUAGUCUAGAUUUUUUGAGGGUUGGCAUCCCUUUUGGCAGCGAUGAGUAGGGCUUUCCUAAUCAUCUGAGCGAAGUUAGUCGACAGAAGAAGACAUCGUAGCUUAACUGCAGCGCAUAACACUUUGAGUGCACGCUGUAUGACCCAAGGGUCUGGUACUCAACACUGCUCGAGAAAGCAUGAGAGAGUUGUUUUGGAGAGUGAUGACUGAAUACGUGCCCCUUCGAUUCGAAUAUCGUAGAUAGUUAAUCCUUCGGUAAUGUUGUAACCCUAGGGCAGUCAUAUGUCUUUUUACGCUGUCCGUAAUGUGACUAAUGUCCCCUUACAUAGGCGUAAUCGGGAAUUCGCCGGCUGUAACCUUGCAAUGAUG